AUGUCCCAAAAUGUUGUGGAUGGAUGUAUCGACUGGUCAGUGGACCUCAAGACUUAUAUGGCUCUCGCCGGAGAGCCGGUCAGAGUGAAGUGUGCCCUGUUCUAUAGUUACAUUCGUACCAACUAUAGCACGGCCCAGAGUAUGGGCCUCCGGCUCAUUUGGUACAAGAACAAAGGGGAUCUGGAAGAACCCAUCAUCUUCUCUGAGGUUCGAAUGAGCAAGGAAGAAGACUCCAUCUGGUUUCAUUCGGUAGAGGCUCAAGACAGUGGGUUCUACACUUGCGUUUUAAGAAACUCAACCUAUUGUAUGAAGGUGUCUAUGUCCUUGACAGUGGCAGAGAAUGAAUCUGGACUUUGCUACAAUAGCCAGAUCCGCUAUUCCGAAAAAUCCGAAGUCACAAAAAGAAAGGAGAUUGUCUGCCCAGACAUGGACGAUUACAAAACUGCAGAGCAGGAACCGGAUGUCGUGUGGUACAAGGAAUGCAAGCCCAAAAUGUGGAGGAGCGUAAUUAUACAGAAAGGCAAUGCUCUUCUCAUCCAGGAGGUUCAAGAGGAAGAUGGAGGAAAUUACACUUGUGAACUCAAGUAUGAAGGAAAGCUUAUCCGGCGCACAACUGAACUCAAAGUCACAGUUCAGAGCGUUGGUGAACAUAAAAUGACAGAUGUUGGAGGGGCUGUGGAAAAACAGCUCUUAAAAAUGUGCAGCCCUUCAGAACAAGGCUACUCUAGCACAUCUGUGGAUUGGAAAAUUGAAGAUCGGGCAGAUCCUAGUGAAGGUUUCCAUCGAACUUUUAAUCCAUCAGAAGGAGAAGUCAUUAAAGAUUAG